UUCUGUGCUGCACCGGAAUUAUGUUUUAUCUUAAGUCCACACUGGAUCCUCAGGAUGGAUCCAGUGAGGAUUUUGAAGGGAGCAUAAUUCCUUUGACUUCUUUUAGAAUUAAUUUACCUAUUAAAUAAAAAGGAAAGGAUUCAUCUUUUAUUUGAAUUCCUCUGAGGCUAACAUUUCAAUAUAAACCGAUAAAUGCUGUGAGCAUUAUUUAUUAUUCAGACAGCCACGUUCAACUUCUAUGACAACAGCAUAGCAACCUGAAGGACAGUACAAGAAGGGAACAGCAUCAAGAUUACUGACUUUCCAUGAUGUUUGGUGGUUAUGAGACUAUAGAAGCAUAUGAAGAUGACCUUUAUCGUGAAGAGUCAUCUAGUGAACUGAGUGUUGAUAGUGAGGUGGAAUUUCAGCUCUACAGCCAAGUCCAUUAUGCCCAAGAUCUUGAUAAUGUCAUCAGGGAGGAAGACCACGAAGAAAAGAACUCUGGGAAUUCUGAAUCAUCUAGUAGUAAACCAAGUCAGAAGAACUUAAUUAUCCUUUCAGAUAGUGAGGUGAUCCAGCUAUCAGAUGGAUCAGAGGUCAUAACUUUGUCUGAUGAAGAUAGUAUUUAUAGAUGUAAAAGAAAGAAUUUUAGAGUCCAACCAAAAGAAAAGACCCAAAGUCCUCCCGCUUCUCUUCAUUCUAAUGAGUUGGAUGAUAUAUGCAAGAGGGAUACUGAGAAGCCUAACCCUGAGGAGAGAUCAGGUACUAUCCGAGAGGUCAUGAUUAUAGAGGUCAGUUCAAGUGAAGAGGAAGAGAGCACCAUUUCAGAAAGUGACAACGUGGAAAGCUGGAUGCUGCUGGGAUGUGAAGUUGAUGAUAAAGAUGACGAUAUCCUUCUCAAUCUUGUGGGAUGUGAUAACUCUGUUAAUGAAGUAGAUUCCUUGUCAUUCCUUGACUUGAAGUGGGAGAAACAGGAUCAAAGAGAAAAAGGGACAAAAGGAGAAGAUGGUGUAAACUGGUUCAUCAGUGAUAAAGACGUUGAGGCACAGAUAGGUAAUAAUAGAUCAACCGGAAGAUGGACCCACCGAUACUAUACGGCCAACAAAAACGUUACCUGUAGAAAUUGUGACAAAUGUGGCCAUUUGUCAAAAAACUGCCCUUUUCCACAAAAAGUCCGCCCCUGCUGCCUCUGCUCCAAAAGAGGACACCUCCAGUAUGCCUGUCCGGCACGCUUUUGCUUAGACUGUUCUUUGCCUAUGUCUUCCACUCACAGAUGUCUUGAAAGACCUUCCUGGAGAAAACGAUGUGACCGAUGUGAUAUGAUAGGCCACUAUGCCGAUGCUUGCCCAGAAAUCUGGAGGCAGUAUCACCUAACAACCAAACCCGGACCACCCAAAAAGCCGAAGACCCCUUCUGGACAAUCAGCCUUAACGUAUUGCUACAAUUGUGGUCAAGAAGGCCAUUACGGACACGAAUGUGCAGAAAGGCGGAUGUUUAACCAGACCUUUCCAACAUCUCCAUUCAUCUACUACUAUGACGACAAAUAUGAAAUUCGGGAGCGAGAACAGAGAAUUAAACGGAAAGUAAAAGAACUCCAGAAAAAUGGAGAUUUUCCAAGGCAGUUCAAGAGGCCUCAUAUGGAAGCAGCAAAUCAGAGGUCCCACCAUGAUGCGAAGAAGAGCCAGGCCUCAUGGAAGAACAACAGGUUGCCUCAAGAAAAGCAAGAAACCCAAAGAGGAACCAUGAGCAGGAGCAACAGAGAACGUGAUAAGCACAGGAAGGCCAGCAGGUGUGACGACAUGGACGAGGACUUUCCCAGGGGCCCCAAAAUCCACUCUCUUCCUGGCACUUUCAAAAUCCAGAGGCCUCACAAGUCCUUUCAGCACUCACAUCACCACAAAUCAAGAGAAGAUAAGCUGCCCAAAGACGGCAAGCGGGGCAAGCAGGGCAGGCAUAGGAAGAAGGAGAGCUGCUUGGAUGAGGAUUACAAUGAUAACCUAUUCCUUAUUAAGCAGAGGAAAAAAAAGUCUAAACUGUGAGACAGCUUCCGAUCUGUCUUUGCAGUGCCUGUCUGGUCCUCACGUCUACGACAUCCUGGCAAUAUUUUCAUUAACUAUGAGUAAAGCGAGUGUUGUUGGUUUUUGGUUUUUUAAUCUCAGCCAUACCUAGAGCUGCUGAACAAAGACCGUUGGAGAUCUGUUCUCUGUGUCUAAGAGGUUAGUAGGUAAGAAAACAGAAGGAUAAACUUGUACUUCCCCUGUUCCAGUCUGUCAUUUUUACUCAGAAUCCUAGGAAUAGAAAGAAUUAAUCUUUUCAAGAGAAUUUUUGAAAAUACUUUGAAAACCUAAAAGCUCAUCAAAUGUAAUUCAUCUGCAGUGUGAAUAUGUAAAUUAAAUCCUUGCAGAAAUUAACGCUACUAUGAAACAUUCAUUGAUCUUUUUCAGCGUUAUUUUUUUUUUAACAUUGGAAAGAAUAAUAGCUAUAAAUCUAAAUCCAGCUUUUCCUGCUUCAGAAGCCCCAAAGAGACAGGGAAUCGGGUAAAAUACAGGUAAGGAUUCCAUCCAGUGUAAAUGUCACAAGAUGGUUUUCUUGAAACAAGUGAAAAAGAGUCAUCAAAAAUUUUAACAUAAUCGCGAAUCGUUUUUUACCAUUUUUACAGCCACACUUCAGAAGACUGUCACUCAACUAUGUGGAGAUGAAUUGUUUUAAAAAUUGUUUUGUUUUCAUGGGUUUUUUAACUGCCACAAAACUAUACCGAAAUUUUGUACUUGUGAAUCUUUUUGUAUUUAUCAAAGCCUAAUGUUAGAAUAAAAAUAAAAUGUCUGAAAUAGA